UCUGCGCUCUCUGCCCCGGAUUAGCGAUGGCGUCCAUGAUGAGCUACCUGUCCUUUGGAGGGGUUGAAUGGGGUUGCAUGAGCCAGCUUUUCUUCGACAAUACAAGCACGCUCCUCGGUGUACUCGGUGCCAUUUUCAACAUGACCUUCUUCGGGGUGCCUAUCGAGAUCAUCAACGAGGUGGUUUACCGGAAGAUCUUGCCUGGACUGGGCGUGACGCUUGUGUUCGGCAACACAUACUACACCUACCUGGCCAUGAGGCGAAGCAAGGCCUGCGGACGGGCGUUCACCGCGCAGCCGUACGGCAUCAACACCCCGGGAGCGUUCGCCUUCGUGUUCAACAUCAUCUACCCCGUAUACUUCUCUGGAACAGGCACCCCCACCGAAAACUUCAUCAAGGCGUACAACGUGGCCCUCGCCGCUAACUUCAUCUCCGGAAUAAUCUCGGUUGUGAUGGGAGCCUUCGGCCCGCAGAUGCUGAGAAUCGUUCCGCCCGCGGCCCUUCUGGUGCCUGUCGCCGGCAUCGGUUUCGCUUUCCUUGGCCUCGAGCAGGCUACCACUCCCUUCGGCGCCCCCCUCGUCGGAUUCCUGACCAUCACCACGCUCUUCCUUGGGUGGUACGCGAACGUGCGCAUCGGCUGGGGGAACUACAGGUGCCCGGAGGCCCUUCAGGUGAUCAUCGUGGGUGUCAUCCUGGGGUGGGCCACCGGCUUGAACGAGUCGGAGGACGUCGACGCCGCCGCCGACCUGGUCAAGUGGUACGGACCGACUUGGACUGGUGAUGACAUGCUCGAGAAUUUCGGCGACACCAAGGACUACCUGGGCAUCGUGUUCCCCAUCGCCAUAUCGGCCGUCGGAACUUCGCUCAUGGCUCUCGUCAGCGCCAAGGCUGCAGGUGAUGCGUACCCCGUGACCGAGAGCAUGGUUGCCGACGGUGUCGGCACCAUGGUCACCUCGCUGUUCGGGUCCCCCUUUGGCACUGUCAUGUACUUCGGACACCCGGCCUACAAGAAGUCGGGCGCCAAGACCGGAUACAGCCUUAUCAACGGCUUGCUCUACCUCUUCCUGUCAUGGUUCGGCCUCGUCGCCCUCAUCCGCUCCAUCGUCAACCAGCCCACCAUUGGGCCCAUUGUACUGUUCGUGGGACUGAUGCUUCUGGAGGAGUGCUUCCGCUUCUUACCCGCCAGGCACUACGCAGCUGUGCUCUUCGGGCUCUUUCCUUCCAUCGCUGACUGGGUGACCAACAUCGCCGCUCGCGGACCUCUGGCCGGCGUCGCCGAGGACGGGACCGACUACAACACCAACCUGCCCGACCUCACCGACGGGUGGUGGGGCAUCCUCGGUCUCAAGCGUGGGGCUAUUCUGGUGUCUCUCUGCUGGGUUGCCAUGCUCGUACACAUCAUCGACCGCAAGUGGUGGCAGGCGUCGGUCUGGGCGGUCAUAUCGGCCUGCUUCACAGCAGUCGGCAUCAUUCACGUGCCGGUGGCUGGAUUCGACGAUUUCACCUCUACCGUCGGCGAUCUGUGCACCCCCGUGACCGAUGAUCUCGAAGUGGUGACUACGGCCACCUGCUGGGACCACGCAGACCAGUGGCAUUACAUGACCGCAUAUCUCAUGAUGGCAGUGGUUUUCGUCGCCAUCGAAGGUGUCAGGCGGGCUGGUGUGGGAAACCUCGACGAACCUAUCUUGACCGAAGAGGCAGAUGCCUUCAAGGACUGGUACGGCGACGAACCUCCCACUACCAGCCCCAAGGUCGAGGAAGAUAAGUCGGUCGCGGUGGUCGGCGUUCCUGUGGCCUAAGUUUCCUGUUUCUCUUCUCAUUUUCUGGAAGGAAGGCAAACCUUGUGCCACAUUUUCUUUCCUUGUAGAGUGAUCACAGGUGUAACAAGAACACUCGCGUUCAGAGUGUUGAUGUUUUUGGUUGGUUAUGCAUAUACGUUGCUUUGCUUAUGGCGAACCGAACCUCAGGGCAAUGGAGGCACAUAGCAGUGCAUGAGGAAAGCUCUCGACGGCCUCACUUGUUAUAGUCCGGCCCUCCCUGCGUCGGCAAACGAGAGAGUGUCCUUCUGUUGACAACCGCCGAUUGAGGCAUCCGCCCUGAGUACAGAGCAUGCCGUGAGCUCAGAGCAGACACUAAGCGGUUAGCAGGCGGCAAAGUUCGUCCCCGGGGCUGGCCGAACGAACACUAUAAAGGCACCGCGUACCGCAACAGAGCCAACCUUGACUUUUUGGUUAUUUAGGUUAGGGUCUUCAGAUGUUUCCGCUGUUCAAGUAUACAAAUACGCCGAUGUAAAUAUGCGUGUGUGUUACGGAUUGGUUUUUUGACACAUGUAAAAAGCGCAGCCCGGUAUCUGCGGGGGUCCCCAGCAGCUUUGCGCGGGUCGAUCGUCCACUGGACAUUUUUAACGCGUCUUUUGAAGAUUCUCGGCCCGACGACCUCUUUGUUUUUUUAGUGCUACCCCAACUUGUGGCACUUGUUGCCUGUGUUGCUCGAGAGCGGCACUGGGUAUCGUAAUUCGCCGGAGGGACCCUCGUCCUUGACGGUUUUUCGAACGAGAAAUUCGUAUUUUUUUCUUGUGCGGCUGGAUCGAGGCCGCUAAACUACUACCGGAGGGGUAUCACAAUGUGUUUUUAAGCGGGAACGCCCCGCUCAAGUGUGACAAAAUGGAUUGCAAGCGGGGAUGGGGUAGCACUCUGUAUGUGACAUGAGUCGAACACAAGAGCAUAGUAGAAUCAGCCAGUGAUGAAAAGCUGGUUUUGUGCACGUUGUGUCCCUUCAGUUUUUCCCGUUGAGGAGGGGUUUCAGCCGGGCUGUUUGCAUUGUCUGUGGAACCUGUGUUUUAGGUACAUCAAGCAUUGUGGGCUUCGCCGGCACCCAUGUGCUGCGCGUUCAAACCUUUUCGUUGUGCAGCCUUUCUCAUUUUGGUGUAAGGGCCUCGCCAACGAACGGCCUAGCCUCUUCCAUAAAGACUACUUUUGUUCUUGAAAAAUUUACGCUAAGUAACAUACAUACGCUGAGUAGCAUACGCUGAGCAAGAUAGUACUUCAGUAUUUUGGACGACGCGCUCAGCUUGUCAAACGUAAGUAGACUUUCAGACAUGAAGCAUCGUUCCUGGGGCCACCCUAGCUGUCAAGAUUCUCAGAUUGAGUUGACUUGAUGCGACGGCUUUUUGCGUUGGUCUUCCUUACAAAAACGAUGUCCAUUUUUACCGUAGGUGUCCGGACUUCCUUCACGUGGAGGUGAAGUUCGUUUCGGAAGAGUUCGGAACAAAUCACAGUCCGGUUAAUGAGUUUCCAUGUCAUGCCUACUGCAACUCACCAGCCUGGUUUCGAGUUUCUAGAAAAGAAACGUUUGGUCUUGUGGUGUACUUUAUGAUAUUGUAAUUGUCGUACCCGGGAGUUUACUCCUCCCUUGGCUCUCCGUUGCUGCCUUGCUGAGUUGUUAACCAUCCUCGCCCUACGGCAGGUAGCUCUUAGCUCUCCCCGCGAAAGAACGUAGGGUGGGGCGUUUCCACUUAUAACAAUUUCAACACGCAUCUCCAUUACAAUUGGGCCUGAAGCACGUGGUUAUCUCCCAGACAUGAGAAAUGAAUGGGAUAGCACCAACUACAUACGCGGCAGAAUUGCGACCUAGCGAAAAUAGGCGUCCGUAGGCACCGUCUUUAAGCCAAGGCAACCGUAGCGUGGCAAAUGGCUUGGCCCAGCGGUUCUGAACACUUCCAUUUGGCUUCCUCUUUUUUUAAUGGCUGUUCAGCAGCAGCAUGUAGAAGUUAUUGUAAAGUAUCGUUUCAAAAAUCGUGUAGUAUACAAGGGUGCUUCGUCCGCCCCCUUAUCGGGGGGGCUGUCUUGCGUGAUACCCGUAGGUGAACGGAAGGAACUUU